AUGGAUAGUGCGCAGAACGGAUGCCCCCCGCGCUCUUGUCCGGAUGUGCAGGAUGACUUACCUUCCAGCUUGGCGCUUUUCCUUGUGCGACAAAGAGAGUUCCUCGAUUGAUUGGCACGGGUAAAGCGUGGGCAGGCAACUGCAUAUAUAAAGGGGGUCGGCCGGGCAAGGACACGCCCCGAACCCCUCAACUCCAGACAACAUUCACUUUCCAACUUCAUCAUGAGCGGCUACAACAACCAGGGCUACGGCAACCAGGGCUACGGCUCCAACAACUCGGGCAACCGCCAGAACUCGUACGAUGACGAGGAGACCCAGGACCGCGGCCUCUUCAGCAGCUCCAAGAAGCAGCAGCAGCAGCAGCAGGGCUACGGCCAACAGCAGCAGCAGGGCUACGGCCAGCAGCAGGCGGGUCCCCAGCAGGGCUACGGCCGCCAGCAGCAGCACCAGGCUGGCCCCCAGGGCAACGCUCCGUCCAACUACGGCUCGUCUGCCGGCGGCCGUGCCAACAUGCCCGGCAACGACUACUCGCAGGAGGAGGUCGACAAGGAUGCCCGCAACACCAAGUACAAGGACUGGGCAGGCACUGCCGGCAAGGUUGCGCUGGGUGCGCUGGCUGCAGGUGCCGCAGCCUACGGUGUCCACGAGUACAAGGAGCACCGCGAUGAGAAGAAGGAGCGGGAGGAGGAGGAGCGCCGCAAGCAGAACCAGCAGUACCACAACGACGAGGGCAAGUGGAACAAUGCUCCGGGUCAGGGCAACAGCCAGAACAACAACCAGAACAACAACCAGGGUAACAACCAGGGCAACAACCAGGGCUACGGCCAGGACAACAACCAGGGUAACAACCAGGGCAACCAGGGCCAGCAGCAGCACCGCCCCUCGCCGCCUCCCCAGCAGGGCGGUUCCGGCUUCCGCCCGCCCGCCCCCCUCGGCCGCCCUCCCUACUCGUACGACCAGAACGACGUCCGCCACGCCGACCCGUCGCGCAACUCUGAGAACUCGCCCACGCCGCACGAGUACCCGCAGCUGCGCCAGAACUCCAGCGACACCACCAUCAAGAUUGGCACCGUCAUUGCGCUCAAGCACAACAUGACCGGCCGCUUCCUGCACACCGACCGCCAGCACAACACCCAGACCGGCUCGAGCCAGCAGCUUGUCUUCGGCUACCGCUGGAACCCCGACCAGAACGAUUGGUGGCAGGUGCUGCCCGCCAACCGCGACGUGCCCGUGCCUGGCCAGAUUGUCUCGUACGGCACCCAGAUCCGCCUGCGCCAUAUUGAGACCGGCCACCACCUGCACUCCCACUACAACUACCACUGCUCCAAGUCGGGCCAGAACGAGGUCACCGCCUACGGCGACUCCAACCUGUCCGAUGAGAACGACCACUGGGUCAUUGAGCGCUACGGCGACGGCGGCUACGGCCAGACCUGGAGCGCCGGCGACGUCGUUGUUCUGCGCCACUAUGUCAGCGGCAUGGCUCUGCACUCCCAUGACCUGCUGUACUCUGAGGACGUCCAGUCUGUGACCUGCUUCGGCCCUGGCGGCGAGGAGAACGACAAGUGGCGUGUUCACCUGACUGCUUAAUCAUUUCUUUUUCUCCAACUGGCAUCAAAGGCAUCACUAAAUUUUCAGACUCAGCAAUCACCACCAACCCCUCCCCGAUCACUGGAAUGCAGCUGAACGCCUUGGACCCGCACCAAAGGAUACUGAACAAUAAGCCUUGCGGCCUGCCGCUGCAUUCUAGUCCAGGUGAUUGGCGACAUCAGGGCCG